GUUAGCAUUGGCUAAAAAAAAAAAAAAUCAGACCAGUUUCUUUUUUGUGUGUGUCACGGAGGUUUGCGUAUCUGCAGGCUUUCGUGUGUGUGUGUGUGAGAGAGGGGCGAGAGGAAGCGAAAGCCUCUUGUUUGCUCGCAGAAUAAACAGCAACGACAUCAUGUACUCCUCGUCGCCUCUGUUUCUCAUCCUGGUGUUAACCUUUGACCUCUCUAUGCUGACCGUGCAUGCUGGACCCUGCCAAAGCUGUCGCAAACUCACAGAGAACUUCAUCAAGGGCCUGGAGAGAACCGCAAAUAAAAACUUUGGUGGCGGGAACACAGCUUGGGAGGAGGAGAAGCUUGCAAAGUAUGCUCGCAGUGAAACCCGUCUGCUGGAGAUCGUGGAGACAGCAUGCGAGAAAACCGACUUUGAAUGUAACAAACUGUUAGAACAGAUAGAGGACCAGGUUGAGACGUGGUGGUUUCACAGACAACAGGAAGCACCUGACUUGUUCGAGUGGUUGUGUAUCGAAGAGCUCAGAGUCUGCUGCCCAGCAGGUCGCUUUGGACCAGAAUGUGCCGAAUGCCCAUCAGGUUCUGGCGGUGUGUGUGGAGGUCUUGGGCGCUGUGAGGGAGAAGGAACGCGUCUGGGAGAUGGUGAGUGCGUGUGUGACCCUGGCUAUUCGGGCCCUCUGUGUCAGGACUGUGCAGACGGAUAUUACAGAGAAAAGAGCUCCAAUCACUCACAACCACCCUGCUCAGCCUGCUAUCACUCCUGCAAAAAGUGUAGCGGUCCACAGGACUACAAGUGUCUAGACUGCAAGCCAGGCUGGAUCCUUCAUGACAACAAGUGUGUGGAUAUAGACGAAUGCGGCACUGAGUUGGCCCGCUGCUCGUCUAACACUUAUUGUUUCAACACUGAUGGCUCAUACGAAUGCAGAGGUUGUGAUCAGGCAUGUGUAGGCUGCAUGGGCAGUGGUCCCGCUCGCUGUAAAAAAUGCUCUCGAGGGUACAGACUGACCGGAGCCAAGUGUCUCGAUGUGGAUGAGUGUAAGGAGAAAGCAAUAGCAUGUCCAGGACUGAAUGAAGCUUGUAUAAAUGAAGAGGGUUCGUUCCGCUGUGAGUGCGCACAGGGCUUCAUACGCAGAGAAAGCAUCUGCGUGGAGAACCUGCCACCUUCUGAUCCAGAUAAAGGCUUAUUUGACGACAUGACGGAUGACGAGGUGCUCGUCCUUCAGCAGAUGUUUUUUGGCGUGGUGAUCUGCGCAUUAGCCACACUAGCAGCUAAAGGAGAUAUGGUCUUCACAGCCAUCUUUAUCGGCGGCGUGGCUGCCAUGGCUGGCUACUGGCUCUCGGAGAAAGGCGACCGCAUGCUGGACGGUAUUCUCAAAGGGCGUUAAUCAAUCAGAUUCUCAGGAAACUAGAAAGCGAAGACAGAUCGACGAACGGUACACAAGCCUAUCAGGCGACCUUAACUUGAAAAAGCGGGAGAGGCUGGGAGGACGAACAGUGACGAGACAGGGGAGAGGAGAGGGUGGUGUUAUAGCAACGUUGCUGCGUCAAGGGCUGGGAAUUUAACGUUUAGACUAUGCUACGGUUUGUACUACGCGCUUUUAUACGCACAGUACAAUUUCUCUGCUGCUCUGCUGUAAGAGACUUUACAUGGAGUUUUUAACUCCACUUGAUCCAGAUUAAGAUUUUUGAAAAGGACUGCACUGAAGCUUGGCACGUGAUAGAAUAUAUUUACUGUAUGUGUGUCUGAGAGGAAAGGACAGCCGUAUAAUGUAAAGCCGUUUUAAUUUUAGCCCUAUAUGACUUUAGGCAGCCUGCUACUUUGACACUUUAUAUUUGCUCUAUUUAGAUUGUGGAUGGAAUGAUAUGUACAUAUUAAACAGACUCAUUUUAAGCUGUGAUUAAUCAGAAUGGACUAAAAUCUGGGGAAUUUUUGUUGAAAUCUUUCAAUUUGUAAUUGGCAUGGCUAAAAACAAAACUAACAAGGGUGAGCCAAAAAUUAUCCGCACUCUGCUUAUAUAAACCAUCGUCUAAUCUGCAAACAAAAUUUGGACCAAUACUCUAAGGAAGGUAAAAGUUUUUUUAAAAGCAUAAUUACUGGUGACGAGACACGGAUUCACUACAAGCCUGAGAGUAAACGGCAGAGUAUGGAAUGGAAAUUCCUCAAUUGUUGAGCAAGUAAAAAAAAAAAAUCAACUAGAAAAUUGAGGCUGACACAGUUUUCUGAUUGAUACAGUUUUCUGGGGUUCUCAAGGAAUCAGGAAACAAUAUUAGGAAAAAGGUUCAAGAGUGUGUUGUAAUCUUGCAUGACAAUGCAUGCGUGCGCACUUCUCCCCAUUCUGUCCACACUCUGCUUUGACCAUUACAUAGUUAUAGCCUUAUGAGGAUGAAGAGUCACUUUUGAUGAAGAAGAUUUGUGGCUCGUAGCCCAGGCAAAAACAUUUUUUUAAUGAGGGAAUAUGAAGAACUAUUGACGGAUGGACAAAUUGAAAAGCAAGGUGAUUAUGUAUGUCCAUGUAUCUUUCUUUUCUAAAAGUAAAUUUUAACAAAUUCUACAGCCACAGUGCGGAUAAUUUUUGACUCACCCUUGUUUGUAUGUGUAUAAAUCAAUUAUUGUAGUUUUGUUCAAAUUCUUGUAGAAUUAUCAAUUAUAUCAUCCCACCUCUAAUUUAGACAAAGCAAAAAAAAAAAAAAAAAAUAGGGGCAGAAAUGUUCUUGUGAGAAAGGGUGUAUGUAUAAAUUUUAUUUAUUAUUAUAUUUUUUUUAAGUCCAUUCUACACACAUUUUAUAAAAUGCAUGAACACUUGAACUAGGAAAGAUGUUUAUACCGUGUGCUCUAAAAUGUCCUUAUCUUAUAAUCUAAUAUUUGUUUUAUUAUUUUAGGGUUUUUUUUUGUUUAAUUUAUUGAGUAGCAAGAGUAAGGAUUAUAAAUGUUAUUUAUUUAUUUAUUACAGUUCCCUAUAGGUGUCAUUUUUUUCUGAUAUUAUUGUGUAUGCCUACAAAAGAUUAUUAGAUUGUCUUUAUGUGCGAUAUACCUUUUAAUUAAAUUGUAUUUUAUAAUUUCAGGAGCUUUUGAAUUCAAAAUCCAACGAGCUUCGAUUAAAUAUUAGACCUACACAGAAAUUGGCAAAGGAACAAGAAUAACACUUCACUGUUGUUCAUUCCUGCUUUAAAAUAUUAUAGCUGGUAUAAUUCAGCUGAAGUCCAUGGCUGAGAGCGAUCUCGUGUCUCACAGUGCAUUAACUCACGGUGAACUCUAAAUUGUAUUAGUAUCAAUCAGUAGUUUGGUAUUUGUGCUAUACAAUUUUGUGGACUUUAGAUAUUUACUGUGAUGUACACUGAAAUAUAGCUGCUAUAAUAUCUUAAAUAAACAGAUGAAGUUUAUUGCACAGAUCAGCAAAAAUGAAUAAGGUUGUUUUAAAUAUUCAGUUUACCUGCCUUGCUUUUAGUAAGGUUGCACCUACAUAUAUUAAAGCUACUGUAAUGUAACUGAAAAAUAAGAAUGACAUGUACAUGAAAUUAACAUUUCAGCUGGAUAAUGCGUUUUCCCUUUUUCUGGGAACCUUUAGGAUCUGAUCAUUAGUAUGACACUGAUUAACCAUAAUAUUAAAACCAAUAAUAGGUGAUCCUAUCAAGGGGUGACAUACAUUGGGCAACAUGUACUGUAAACAGUCAGUUUGUGAAGUUAAUAUGUUAAAAGCAGGAGAACAGGGCAAGUGGAUGAGCAAUUUUGACAAAGGCUAAAUUAUGCUGGCUAGAUUACUGAGGUAGUGCAACUCAAAUACACCAUUGUGGGGUCUCGUGGUGUGUUCCUGGUAUACGCUGGUUAGUACAGUACAAACCAAAAGUGGUCCAGUGUAGGACAACUGGUGAUACGGUCAUGGCAUGCCCGCUGUAGCACAAAUUGCUGAAAAAGUUACUGCCGGCUAUGAUAUAAGAUGUUAGAACACAGUGCAACACAACUUCCUAUGUAUGGAGCUGUGUAGCAACAGACCAGUCAGAGCAUUCAUGCUGACCCCUGUACACUGCUGAAAGCACCUACAAUGAGCAUCAUAAAUCGGUCAUGGAGCAAUAGAAGAAGGUGGCCUGGUCUGAUGAAUCACAUUUUCUUUUACAUGAUGUGCAUCGCAUAUCUAGGGAUAAAAUAAAAGCAGGAUGCACUAUGGGAAGGAGGCAAGCUGGUUAAGGCAGGGUGAUGCUCUGGUGGGAAACCUUGAGUCCUGCUCUUCAUAUGGAUGCUUCCUUGCAUAUGCAUCCAUAUAUACUUGGUUUAGUAAUGUUUUGAGGAGGAGUUGGAGGUGUUGACUUGGCCUCUAAAUUGCUCAGAUCGUAAUAAAACUGAGCAUCUGCUGAACGAACCAGUCUGAUCCAUUGAGGCUCCACCUCACAAGUUACAGGAUUUAAAGGAUCUGCUUGUUGCCUUUGUCUUGAUGUUAAACACCAGAGACCACAAGAAUUUCAUGCCUUGAAAAUCCCGAGCUGUUUUGGUGGCACAACAUGGUCCAAAGCAAUAUUACAUAUUAAUAUUAUGGCUGAUCAGUGUAUGAUGCCUGCUUUUUUAUUAUUAUUAUUAUUAUUAUUAUUAUUAUUUAACCCAAGUUAAAAUAACCUGUCUUAAAUUGAAAAUGCUUAUCUAACUACAAACCUAGCUCCAUAGUCUACCUCCAUGUUUCAGAUUUUAGGCAUUUUUUUCUGUAAUACCAGAAUCAUACAUUUUUAAGACUUGAUUUAUUCUAUGCCAAAAAAUGUUAAUCAUUCCAUUAAAGCCAUUUUAAGUCA